AUGGCGAUGCCUGAACCUACUAAGACCAAGACCUGGAGCAUUGAGGCUCAAGGUGGCUCUCCUCGACCCGCACCGCCACCGAUCCCUUCUCACACGGAAAGACCCGGUAUUCAAGAAGGGGAGAAAAAAGAAACACAGGGUGAAUUCCUGCUCGGCUUUGGUGCACAGUUCGAGUCUGGCAAGUCUAAGCCGGCCUCAGUUUGA